GGGAGAGUUGCCACUGGCGCUGUGUGUCAUGAGGGGAGGGCACGUCAAAAGAAAUCAAAAUAGUUUCAGAGUAGGUGCGGAGUUGAUAUUGUUAAAAUGCUAAAUAAUUAUUUUUUUACACUAUUUACUCUAUUAUCGCUAGUUGUUGUAUCCAAAGCUAAUAACUAUGAGAUAAAGAUAUCGUCAAAUACACCAGCUGUUCUGGGUUCACAAGUCAUCUUUAAGGCGGAUUUCUACACAGAUGGGAAGCUAGUGGAAGGGAAUUACAAGUUCUACUGGGAGGAUAAUGCCAAUCACAGAUCAGUCAAUCAAUCUUCUCAGCCACAAUCCGAAUGGACUGUGUCCUAUCCCAGUGAUCGAUAUCCUCCUGGAAACUAUGAAGUUCAAGUUGAAGUUCAAAAGUGGGAAUUUGUCCUUUACAUCACCGUAGCAUCAGCUAGACUGCAAUUCAAUGUUACCUCUCUGCUAAAUGGAGAAUUGGAAUUGUGGCAGAAUGGGACAAUGCGAGAGAAUGAUUAUGUGGCAAGUGAAUUGCAGGUGGAUCAUUCGAUAAAACUGAAAGACAGCGAUAUGGAGUUGCUGAAACAAAAUGCAACAUCUGUUCAAACAUUUUGGUUUAUCGAUUGUACAUAUGUAGGCUUCACUGAGAAUUACACGUUGCUCAAUCAAUACAGGACUGAGAAUCAGAAAUACAAUAUUGAAGCACUUGUUGUAGCUUCGUAUGAGAAGAUUCCGGAGCCUACAACAACAACUACUACAACAACUACGACUACUACGACUACAACUACUACUACGACUACAACCCCCACAACUACCACUACUACCCCUUCUACAACCACUUCAACAACUACAACAACCCCUUCAACGACAACAACCCCAACAACAACAACAACAACACCCUCGACAACAACAACAACUACAAAAAAGUCGAUUGAGAAGAGGGAAGUGACCGAUGAAGAUGUGGAAAUUGGACCGUCUGGAGAGGAGAUUACGAAGGAUAAUGUUACGGAAUUUUUAGGAACGGAACAGCCAGCAGAAGAGGAGAAAAAAGAUCAUGUUGAUCAGCCGUUUGUGUGCUUCAAUAAGUCAAUGGUAGCUCCAGAUCCCAAGAAGACUUAUGGCUAUUUCAGUCGAACGGUUACGGUUAAACAUUCCAUCUCAAACGUAACAAUCACCGGCAAUAACUGGCUCCACCAAGGGGAUCUACUUUCGCUGAAGGUGAAGUGUUCCGGAUCACCACCGUUCCAUCACUGCAUCAAAAUCCACAAUGCUCCUUACAAUGCCACCGGAAAUGAGACAUGCAUGGAUUGGAUUCCCACGGAUACAUGUGACUUUGAUGCUACGCACUUCACUUCGCAGGCAGAACAAUAUAUUCUACUGGUGAUCAUCAAGAACGAUGUCACCAAAACGAUUAAUCAGGUGGCCGUGAAUAUCUACGAGGUGAAGAAGCAGUCUCAGUUGUCUGUGAUUGUUGUCCCAGUGGUUUUUACCCUCCUGGCGGUUAUCUCGGUGAUCUUUGGUGUCGCUUACUACAUCCAGAAUAAGAAGAGAACAAUUGUUGAAGUGGCUGAUUUCAACUUUGGCGAAACCCAAUCACUAGAUAUGGAAUACAAGACUUUCCAGCAGAGACUCAUUGAUAGUGUUCGAGAAGCCUUCCGGAGGCGAUCUCCAAAUCCUGGUCCGUCCCAUUUAACAGGUGAUUCUUCCCUGGACUACGGAUCGAUGACAUAAAAUUUUCAGCACAUUAGAGAAAAUAAAAAGAAGAAACAGUGUCUUUAGAGAAAAAAAUCCACUGAAACUAACUGAUAUUAAACAUUGGAUGGCAAAAACAAAAAGGUAAGGAAAAGUAAAUCAAUAUUUAGAAGGCUAUUUCAUAUCAAAGAAAUAUAAUUACAAAAAAAAGUAAAUUUGAGCAAUCAGAAUACACAAAUAUUUCACUGAUUUGAAAUAUUUUGCAUAAAAUAUUUGCAAAAUAUUUUAUUUCAAUUGAAUAUUUGUUAAACUAGCCCAUUUUUAUCAAAUGGGAAAAAACAGCUGAAAGUUUCCAUGCAAGAAAUUUAUUGUAGUAUUUUCACGUGUAAACUAAAGUUGGAGCAAAAAAAACGGAAUGUUGCAUUAAAAAGCAGAAAGAAGUGUCAAUUAAGACAGAAAGGAUGGGAAAGAAUUGAAGAGAUUUGGAAGGAAAAGUACUUUGCAUAAAUUGUAAUAAAUACAAAAUAAUUGUUGGCCUUUUCCAUGUUUAAAGAAAAAAAAACAAAAAUCUUACAAAAGAAAUUAUUGAAAACAAUUUAUGACCCAAUGAAGAAGUUUAAGUGGAGAGUGAAGUUAAAACUUGUGAUUUAUUUUUUCCGUAAUAAUUGUAAUAAUUUUUUUUAGUGUAUCAUAAAAGAUAAAUAUAUCUAUAUAUUUUUUAUUAGUUUUAAAGAAAACAAAACAAAUUUCCGGGAGUAAUGUGCGUGCGUGUGAUAAAUUCUUUUUACACUUUUAUUUGGUGUGAAGAAUAAAUUAUUCGGCUCUUGGUGGCAUUAAGGAGGUAGGAAGGAUGAUUUAGGAGAGCUAAUUAGGAUUUUCAGUGAAUUUAUUGUGUAACAGAAAGAUAUAGUCAUAAAUUAUUUAGUAAAAUAUCACUUGAAGAAGAAAUAUCAAUAAGUAAUAAUUUUUAGAAUUACAUUGGAGAAACAGAAUUUACCCAUUAGGACACAACACAUAGGAUCACACAAAUUUAUGCUCUUUAUUCUCAAGAAAAAAAAAACAUCUUUCUACCAAUUAAAAAAAAAGAGAAACAUUUGAAUAUAAUCAAAUAUCCCAAUAAAAAGUUUAACAUUAAAA